ACACACAGUUUUCUGUUAUGUUAUUGGGAAAUGACUGAAACAUAUGUGGCUGCCGUUGCUCGGCUAAUUUGCACCACCGCCCCCCCAACAUUUUGCCAUUGAAAAAUGACAAACAAACAGGGGCAAAAUAGAAAAGAGGCAUUAGGAAACGAUGGGAAAGCAAGGCGAAUUGGGAAAAUAUGUAUGGGGAAAAUGCCUUUUCACAUAUUUUUCAUCAGCUCGUCGAGCACAUCGAUGUGCGAGGUCCUGACACUUGCGAAUGAGUCAGCAGCUCGGCAAUUCGGAGCGCAAGGAAAGGAUCGAAGGCACAUCGAUUAGAUGCCCAGUUGGCCAAAAAGAAACAUAAGAUACGCUAAUACAUGUAUUCCCUAUAGCUAAGAACUGCAGUGGGAAUCUCUCACAAUCGGGUGAUGGAUUCUAUGAUUUUAUUGUUUCUGGGAUCCUAUCUUUUCAUCUGGUUUCUAGUAUCGUCGUAGCAGUGCCAAUAUUAAUUUACUUAUUAAUUACGUGCCUCGCCGAUUUCGAUAUGCCCGGGAAAACUGGCGGCUGAUGCUCGGCAAAUUUCCGCCAUCUGUGGCAGCUUCCCGUCCCCUCGACCUUCAAGAGGAAGGGUGGGCUCUUAGCCAAGCUCGAGGCAAUUAUGUUUGCGGCUAAUUUGUUGCGCGGCCGUGGAGGAAAUGUAAUUUAUGCGGACAUUGAUGCAUCGUCACGAGGCGUGAGCCGCAAUUACGCGGAACGGACUGAAAGUAUGCAACAUCCUGGUGCGUUCUUCGCCAAUUCUUCCCCCACUCUGCCCCCGCCCCACGGGUGCAAGGUCAGAAGGUUAUCGAAUUUGAUAAGCUGCCGCACAGUUUUAUUUCCGUGCGAGAAGUUUGCGACACAAGCUGCCUCGAAAUAGUUGAGCUGCAGACAACGCGAUGAGUAGAUACCUUUUUCUAAUUCUUGUCCUGGGAAUCUCCUGCCUGGAUAUUCAUCAGGCUCUCUCCCUUCCGAAGCAGGGACGUCAAAGAUUCAUCCGCAGACGCAUAUCCGCCGACGAUCCCAACCUAGAGAUUGUCGAGAUCAAGGAAGUGUUCUAUGUACGGCGGCCCAAGAAGGUGGUGACCCUACUCGAUGAUGACGAAUUUGACUGGAGGAUUCGCUGCGCUUUCGAUCCAAGCCUCCCGGAGUGCAAGAAUUUAAAGGAGGACCCCACCAGGCCAUCCAGAACCACAACUACAACCACUCCGGCGCCCCCAACCACUACCACCACCACUCGUAGAACCACCACCACUAUGGAACCUUCGGAUGAGUCUUUGGAGCGUAAGAUUCGCUGUGAAUUCAAUCCCACAGCAGAGGAGUGUGCACCAUCAUUCACUUCUAGAAGAACGACAACAACCACCACAACAACCACCACGGAAAUACCUGAAACCAUAUACGACAAUUAUAGUGCAGUCGAUUCCGAAUCGGAAACAGAACCUGAAGCCACAGAAGAUACCCAAACUCAGGAGGCCGAAGAGGAGGUCACAGAAGAAUCAAGUCCAGAUGAUGAGAUCGUAUUGGAAGGGGACGAUGAAGAGGAUGGUGAGGAUCAAGCGGAUCAAGAUGAUCAAGAGGAUCAAGAGGAUCAAGAGGAUCAAGAAUAUCAAGAGGAGGAGGGCCACUCAAUUGGCGCUCAUGAUGACGGCUCCUGGAAUUAGACCUAAAUGAUCGGGGAAAUUGCAAUUCGAUUUGAUCUUUUACCUUAAUUGAACAUCAAUAAAAUGGCAAUUGCGGAACUACGAGAUGUUCUUCCCAUA